AUGUCAAAGUUAUUGAAACAAUCGACAUCAAGCAAUGAUGUUGCCUACCGGGUAUUGUUUAUUGUCGAUGCCACGGGAUCCAUGGGCACAUUCUUAAACUCUCUUAUCAUAUCUCUGUAUCAGAUUGGGUCGAUCAUGAAACUUGCUACCGAGAAAAAGUCAGAGAUUGGCGUUCUAUGGUACCGUGAUUAUGAUCAGCCAGCUAAUAAAGUUACCGGUUUCUCGGGUUAUAGCAAUGAUAUGAGGAAGAUUUCGGAAUUUCUUAGUACUUUAAAGCCAGACGGUGGUGGUGAUGAGCCAGAAGCUACAAAAACAGCAUUGAACAAGGCUCUGGAUAUGAAUCUAGUUGAUUCGAAAACAAUUGUAUUCAUCUAUACAGACGCACCGCCACAUCAUAGUACCACAGGCGGUUCUUCUCGAAAAAAAGAGGAACAAGUUAUCAAGGAAAAAGACUGGAUUCAGUUAUGCAAACUCUACCAACAAACAGGCUGCAGAAUAUUUUCGUUUAUCAAUCAGUCAAGAUUUGAAACAGCUUCAUUCUAUAUUCUUCUUAGUGCAUAUACACAAAGCAAAGCAUUUUUUUUACGACUCACCAAUGUAGAAACCAUUUCAAAAUGUACUAUUAAUUUAUUCUUAAGCUUAUGUAAUGCUGAAUACGAACCAACCGAUUUAGUUCAAUGCUUAGAAUUUCUCAAUACCGCGCAUGACAGCACUCAUCAGAACUCCAGCCGAAAAUAUAAAUCAAAAGAACGUCCUCUCCGAGAAUCAUCAUGGCGUUGUGAUCCAUGCAAUAUUGAUCUGUCUGCUUUCCAUAAUGAAAAUGAUGCCUGUUGCCAAAAUCACUCAUAUUUACCAGGUCAAAAAUCUCCACGUGCAACAAUCAACACAGUAUCGUUUAAUGUCGAGCCCAUUGAGUUUAUGAUAGUCGAUUUACGAUUUAUGAUGACUAAAUUCGACAAUGAUGAUAAAUACAAAUCCGAUGUUUAUGAAAUAUUUAAAUCAUUAAUGGUUCCGCAACACAUUGUUGCAUUAACAUAUAACAGUAUAUUGGGUUUAUUAUGGCGUUCGAUUUGUAGCAAAAGAAAAGAUGUACGUCGAGAUGAGUUGGUGGGCAUGUUAUCACAAACAUUAAAUACAAUGACUACGAAUGCGAAUGCACUUUCGAAAGCAACCGCUGAAAUUGUCCGAAGCUGGGUAGAGGAAAGUUACAAUUCGAAAGAAACUAUCCUAGCUGCCAUGUGCGAAGUUAAAGAACAAGUACCAGCUCUUGUAUUAACAUUGAACGGGAAAAUGAGCAGAACUGAAUUAAUGGAAAUUACACGAUCUUGCAGUCCACAAACAAUACGAAAUGUCAUGUCGUUAUUGAAUCAUCUUACUGUCGUUACCUAUUUUGGAAAUCUUCCCGAAAAUUACUUACCAUUGAAUAUGAACGAUUGCAAUUUAUUUCAAUUCUUGCCACAUCUUUUAGCAGAAGGCUUGACGUUUUCAUUGCGGCCAGCAGCCAUCAUAGCCAUGCUAUGUAUACUAUCAAAAAAUAGUAUCCUUGAAAAACGAGCCGCUGAUUUUUUAACAAGUAUCAAAGGCAAAUGGAUUGAUUUAGAACAAACGGAAAAUUAUAGUUACAGUCUAAGUAAAAUUUGUGUUCAAUUAAAAGAAUUCUUUACAGAAGAUGAACAAUCAUUUUUCAAGAAACUCUACAUUAUCGGCGGAAUAAAAAUAAAUGCUGCUACACGUAUAACGAUCGAACAACCGUUCACACCUACAGCGAAUACUAUACGUCAUGAUACGAAAAUUCUCUGUAGAACAUGUAAUAUUCUUCGAUCGACCACAUUGUAUCCCGACGUAAGCACGAGCUGUUGUGCAUUGUGUUUGCCACAAAACGAUAUGCAAAAUGUACCCGAACCAUGUUCAGGGGAAAUGUCGCAUUUAGUACAGUGCGGAAAAUGUAGUUGUCUCUAUGCCAUUGUUCAAUAUGAUAAACUGUAUGCAUCACCGAAAUGCUAUUAUUGUCGAGAUUUAGGCAGAGAGACACCCUAUCGUUGUUGUACGGGAUGUCAAAAUAAAUACGUUCAUUACGAUUCAACUGCAACAAAGUCUGGUGAAGAAUAUACGUUUCUAUGUGCUGAAUGCCAACAUUCGGAGAAUAAACAAGCGAUAAGUACUAGAGAAGUUUCAAUGAGUACAUUGAUCAAUGAAAAUAAAGCAAUUCUAUUCAAAUAUUUGAAUAUUAACGUAAAGAAGGAUGAUAUUGAUAUUUUCUCACGAGAAUGGUCGCUAUUCAAAUUAAGAGAUAAAGUCGAGCUAUUAAGAACAAAGAAUGUUAAUUCAAUUCGACAAUCGACUUCUUCCGUGGUAUUAACUUACAAAAAUAAACUAAUAUUCCAGCUGGAUACCGUCUUUCAUCAAAUUCGUUCAUGGAUACGAAGUGGUAAAUCUGAAAUGGUCACAUGUUAUAUUUGUUGCGAUGAUGUUCCACGUGAUAAAAUGAAUGAUACAUGUGGUAAUAAAUUAUGUCAUGCUGAAGCAUGUACUGAUUGUUUAACAAAAUGGUAUGAAGUCGUUCAACCAGGUAGCAUUGUAUUGAUUGCACAUUUAUCAUGUCCAUUCUGUAAACACGCACCGAACGGAAAAAUUCUUAAACGAUACAACAAACAAGCUUGUACUAUUGUAAGAUCGGAUAAGAAAAAUGAUUACGAUGAACAUUGGUAUUAUGGUUGGUGUUUGAAUUGCUACAAGGUUAAAAUGGCACAAGAAAAAGUUUGCCUGGCUGAUGGUGAGAUUCCUCAACUGCAUGACUUUGUCUGUGAUGAAUGUGAGGCAAAGCGUAAACAAAAAUCAACACCAACCGACGUUAAAUAUUGUCCAGGUAUAAAUCAGACAACGAAACAAACCUGUGGUAUUGCUGUCAGUAAGAACGGAGGUUGUAAUCAUAUAACGUGCACUGCAUGUAAUUCACAUUGGUGCUGGCUAUGCGUUAAAACAUAUGAACGUAUCUAUGAACAUUUGACAGCAGCUCAUGGUAAUUUUGGUUUCGAAAUUGGAGCCAAUGCAGAUUAUGAAAAUGAUUAUUGGGAUUAA